AUGGAUAAGUGGAGAGUGCCUGAGACAUUUGGCCCCGCCGAUCGCAACCGCCUCCGCAUUCCGUCAGACCUCCGCAUUAGGAACUCGACUUCCUCCCUUCCUCGCGACCUACCUCGAUUCUUCCAGCCAGUCAUUGAGGAUCCUGUUCCUUCGGCUGUCUUUCAAUCUAAAUCUCAAUAUCAAGCAACAAACAUUGCCUCCAUCGCUGUUAUGGGUGGGGAAACUCCGCAUCUCGCCCCCGCUCCUGCUUCCACGCUACCCCGGCUCGCCGAGCGACCGGUCGGCCAGCGCAUCACCAAGAUCUACACCGAUCGACUCAAGCAAUUCACAUCUACGGGACAAUAUGAGGGCCAAAAUCUGCUUUCUAGAUUUAACGAAGCAGUGAAUUCCGACGAAGAUCAUGUCAACCUGUCCGUCUACUCGGUCCCAAACCUUCAGCGACCGUCCUUCAAUGAAGCCACCUCCCAAGAGUUCGAGCCGACCUCUGUCGGGCAGUCAUUUGGUCCUAGCUGGUCGACCCAUUGGUUCAGAAUCCGGCUUAAGAUACCCGAGGAAAUGCGCCAUAAGGAACGUUUGGAGUUUCACUGGGAUGCAAACAAUGAGGGAUUGGUGUGGUCGACAGACGGCCGGCCAUUGCAGGGUCUGACUGGUGGUGGAGAACGAAUUGAAUGGAUCAUUCCCGAUGAAUGGCGUGACGGUGAGGAACAUAUGUUUUACAUCGAAAUGGCCUGCAAUGGCAUGUUCGGGGAACGCCCCCGGAGGGGACUCGAUUCAACCACCUCGACCGGACAAAACCUAUGUUCUCAGCAAGGCACAGAUCACCGCUGUCAACUUGGAUGCGCGCGCACUUUACUACGACUUCUGGAUCAUUGGAGAUGCCGCUCGCGAAUUUCCGGGUGA